UUGCGCUGGAUGUAAAAGCAUCACACGUGUGCUGCUUUGAAUUGCGAUUUUAUUGUAGUUUCGUCCUUGAAUAUUGAAUUGAAACAUUACAACUACGAGUCGAGUAUAAUAUUAACCUUCCUUGAUUAAAUAAUUGAACGAUUUAUUAAAUUAAUAAUAAUUCGAGUGACUGAUUGCCUCAAAGGUACAAUCCGGUGUGGUGAGGUGUGUGGAAAUUAAUUAAAUUAUUAUAAAAUUUUAUACAAAACAACAAUGUCAACAGCAUUCAUGGUUGACAAUAUCCUGAACGACAAGGAUGCCACAAAUGUGGAGGCCAUCCUAUCGGAUGACAGUGAAAGUGAAAGUAAUUCGGAUUUAAAGGAUUCGAUCUGCGAUUCGCCGCAUAAUGAAAUUUUAAGCAGGAAUUCGUCGGUUUCAUCGCACGAGGAUAAUUUCAUGAAUAUCUCCUCAGACGAUCAUAGCUUCGUUGGGGCACGCAAUUCGUACGAUAUGCUUCGAGUGGCGUCGUCGUCGGUACAUAGUGAAGAAGAUGUUGGCGAUCGUAUCGAGAUGUGUUGUAAUAUUUGUGGAAACUUCAAUCAAGUUAUUGUGGAUACGAAAAAUAUGUCCAAUAAUGAAUUGCUAAGGCGCGAAAACGAAUUCAAAUGUGAUAAGUGUUGUGGUCGGAGUUUGAGUGAAAUUCGAAUUUCGAAUAACGAAGACGACACAAAGGAGACCAUACUGAAGGAUAGUAGUACGAAGCCGAUUCUGAAAUUUAGCGUAUCCGCUAUACUGGGAGAUACAAGAGAAGGUGUUCGAGUUAGAAAUGAAUUUAUACAACCCCAACAUAUCUGGCCUUAUAUACAACAAAACUUUAUACAACACACACAAUUUCCCCAUCCCGCGUUCCUUACCAAUAGCAAUAGUUGUCAACCACAAACCACAUCGUCACCUGGCAGCACAAUUAGUGAUAGCGACAAUCAUCCAAACAGCAACAACAACAACAACAAUUCCAACGGCAGCAGUCAUCUCCACAAUGACAGCAAUCAGAAUGGAGGGUGCUACGGUGGUGGCGGCGGUGGAGGCGGAGGUGGCGACGACAACCGAAGACAUCAGGGCGCCACUACGGAGAAACAAGUGAUAGCGAAACCCAUGCCAAGUAGGCCGACACCAUUCCUGCCACAUGGCCUCAACCAUCCGCAUUUGCAUUCCCUGCUGGCGCAUUGCAGAAAUCCCUACAUGAAUGUUGGAGCCCAGGUCUUUCCCCUGCCGCCAGGACAAGGUUUUCCGUGGGCACAUUCGACACGGGGCAAACCAAGGCGUGGUAUGAUGAGACGUGCUGUGUUUUCAGAUUCACAACGCAAAGGUCUGGAAAAGCGGUUCCAACAACAAAAGUACAUCAGCAAACCCGAUAGGAAAAAACUUGCCGAAAGACUAGGACUGAAAGACUCACAGGUCAAAAUAUGGUUUCAAAAUCGUCGCAUGAAAUGGAGAAACUCCAAGGAACGAGAACUGCUUGCAAACGGCGGAUCACGGGAUCAAACUCUUCCAAACAAAAACAACCCCAACCCUGAUUUGUCAGAUGCCAAAUGUGAUCGAGCAUCUUCGGCUUCACCACCUCCUAUGUCACCGGAAAACUUAUCACCUGGCAUCGCACAACCGAGACCGCAUUCAAAUGCUGGCUCGAGCGAGGCGAUUCCAUCACCACCCCCUCUAAAUAGUGUUGCCGGCGGUGGAAGUGGUGGCGGCGGGAAAUUUUCUCAAAAUCUACAACUUUCUCCUCCGCCCUUAUCUAAGGUUCAAUCAAUGAAUCAUGAUCAAUCACCGGUGGCAGUGGCGUCUGCUGCCGUAGCUGCGGUAGCCGUUUGUGAUUUUCAAGCAAAAUUCAAUGCGGAAAUGCAAAAACAUCUUUCAAUGGAUCGGAAAUUCAAAUUCGAACCCUCCGAUGUCCAGCAGCAACAUCAGCAGCACCAGCAACAACAAGCGCAACACCAGCAUCAACAACAACAACAACAACAGAGGCAAAGAAUGAUUAGUGGUCUUUAUGAAGGAGCUGCUGCUGCAGCCGCAGCAGCCAAUCGAAACAAUGCAUUGGGUCUGAAUCAGCAUUUUCAAAAUACGGAAUUUAUGAAAAUGUACUACGAUGAUUAUGAUUCAAAUUCGGACAGUGACGAAGAAAUCAGUGUGACGUGACGGAAUUGAAUGCAUUUACCUAAUUUCAAAAUAAUUCAUUACUUUGUAAAUAAAAUUUUAGGUUAAGAGACAUAAAAAAUUUGAUUAUUUAUUAAAAACGGCACUAAGUUCACUUAGCGAACUUUUUCAAAAACAGAAAAUAAAAACACUGUUUUUCUUAGGUUAUAUGUAAUUUGUUUUUAAUUUGACACAAAAAAUGAAAAUACAGCGAAUGUAAUUUAUUUAUUAAUUUAUUUUGUUUUAUUUUGUAAUUUGUGUUUUUUUAGAAUGUAAGUUAUUUAUUGUAA